AUGACCGAUCAUGAAGACUUUGCCAGCUUAGCUGGGCACUGGAACGUCUCCGACACCUCCCAGUUCAGCCCGGCCAGCAUCAUUGUCCCAGUGGUCUUCUCCCUCAUCUUUCUGCUGGGCACUGUUGGCAACAGCCUGGUCUUGGCCGUGCUGCUGCGGAAUGGGCAGAUGGGUCACACCAGCACCAACCUCUUCAUCCUCAACCUCAGCCUAGCUGACUUCUUCUUCAUCGUCUUCUGCGUGCCCUUCCAGGCGACCAUUUACUCCUUAGAGGGCUGGGUCUUUGGCUCCUUCCUGUGCAAGGCCGUCCACUUCUUCAUCUACCUCACCAUGUAUGCCAGCAGCUUAACUCUGGCUGCCGUCUCUGUGGACAGAUAUCUGGCUAUUCGUUACCCGCUGCGCUCUCGGGAGCUGCGGACGCCAUGCAACGCAGUGGUGGCCAUGGCUGUGAUCUGGGCUCUCUCCGUGGUCUUCUCAGGGCCUUACUUAAGCUACUACGACCUGAUAGAGUGGGAGGCCAGCCACAUCUGUGUGCCAGGGUGGGAGGAGUGGAAGCGGAAGAUCAUAGACACCAGCACUUUCGCCUUUGGCUAUGUGGUCCCAGUACUGAUCGUUAGCGUCUCCUACACCAGGACCAUUAAAUUCCUGUGGACAGCUGUAGACCCCAUGGAGGACAUGUCCGAGUCCAAGAAGGCCAAGCGCAAAGUUACCAAGAUGAUCAUCAUUGUCACCGUCCUCUUCUGCCUGUGUUGGCUGCCCUACCACUUGGUCGUGCUCCGCUACCUCUAUGGAGACUUCCCGUUCAACCAGACCACCUAUGCCUUCCGGCUGCUCUCCCACUGUAUGGCCUACGCCAACUCUUGCCUCAACCCCAUUGUCUACGCUCUGGUCUCCAAGCACUUCCGCAAGGGGUUCAAGAAAGUCUUUAGUUGCCUGCUAAGAAAGAAGGCCCGCAACAAGGUCCAUGUAGUCCAUGCUGCUCACACCGCGCCUGGCUUUGAGGCGGGUUCUACUGAAGUGUCCCAGAUGAAUGAAGACCACAUUGGACAGCUGCGUGGGAGUGAAGCAGAUCCUAGGUCCUUCAUGGCCCCCUCAGGGACAGCAAGGCCACUUCACAUUUCUUAA